AUGGCUCGUACUGCGCGGCGAUCUAGUGAAGUAAAGAAUUUCGCCUGCUCCAAGCGCCUCAGUAGUCUCCGCAAGUCAGCUAUACCACCAUCAAGAGAUGGUUCUUAUGCCAGUGAUGAAAGUUCGACUCCUAAUCGCUUUUUAAAAUCAAGGAAAAAGAGCGAAGAGAUUGCACCCAGUACCGAGUCUUCUUCGACUGACCGUGUCUACAAGCUACAACAAGGAAAGAAGGUUGAAAAAAUUAUGGGAGUUAAUAAGGACGAACCUAAUCUUCGUUACGCAGUUUUAUAUGAGGGUACUGCACCACAGCAUCAAAGAAUGGAAUACGUUCCAUCGAACAUUCUUCGCGAAUAUGCACUGGAGGAGUUCGUGGAUUUUCUCGAGCAAUUGGUGGUUCAAAGUGUAUCCACCACCGAGCCUUCACCAUAG